AUGGCCGACCAACCGCCGCCAACGCAAGACCAAGCCGCACCCGACACGGUACCUGCGCCCGCCGACCCCGACAGCAACGAUGUCGCGCAGCAGCAGCAUACAAGCACAGAGGCUGACUCAGCGGGAGGAAGCGGCGGUGCGAGGAGCAAGAGCGGCUGGGACGGGAAACUGCGCGUCGAGAAGAAGCCUGUCAUUGUGAACCCAGAGGCGCUGAGCGACCCAGAGUACUCAGACGAGGAUGCGCCGCCGACGGAGCAGAUCGAGGCGGAUGAAGACUUGCUGGAGGACUACGAGGAAGACGUCGACCAAAUCGACCUUAUCCACUGCCGGAUAACCUCGAUUCCCGCGCUACGGCUUGAACGGUUCAAGGAAGUCAAGAGCCUCUCUCUUCGCCAGAACCAAAUCUCCACCAUCGAGUUCCCCAACAACAUAGGCUCAACCGUAGAAGAGCUUGACCUCUAUGACAACCUGAUCGGCCAUAUCAAAGGCCUCGAUAACUUCACCGAGCUCACUAACCUCGACCUUUCCUUCAACAAGAUCAAGCAUAUCAAGCGCAUCAAUCAUCUUAAGAAACUCCGCGAUCUUUACUUUGUACAGAACAAGAUAUCCACCAUCGAAGGCCUGGAGGGCCUCGAUGUGCUACGCAACUUGGAACUGGGCGCAAACAGGGUGCGCGAGAUACAGAACCUGGAGAGCCUGACAGCACUGGAGGAGCUGUGGCUGGGCAAGAACAAGAUCACAGAGAUCAAAGGGCUAGACACGCUCAGCAACCUCAAGAUCCUCUCGAUCCAGUCGAACCGGUUGACAUCGAUCACGGGGCUCAACAACCUGACGAACCUGGAGGAGCUGCACAUAUCGCACAACGCGCUGACGACGACCGAAGGACUCGAGAACAACGUGAACCUGCGCGUCAUCGACAUCACGGGCAACCCGAUCGAGCACCUGACCAAGCUGGACAACCUCAAACAGCUCGAGGAGUUCUGGGCCAGCUACUGCAAGAUCGCCGACUUCGCCGAGGUCGAGCGCGAGCUGCGCGACAAGGAAAACCUCGAGACUGUCUACUUCGAGGGCAACCCGCUGCAGCUGCGCCAGCCCGCCCUCUACCGGAACAAGGUCCGCCUGGCUCUGCCCCAGGUCAAGCAGAUCGAUGCCACGUUUGUCAGGGUGUGA